GAUGGUACGAUUCUGUAUACGACGAGGGACUGAGUGCCCAGCCUUGCAUAUUCACGUCUGUCACGCCUAUCAAGUCGCCACUGGUGUUGAGAGUCGGACACGUUGGCUGCUACCUCGCUUUGAUGUUCAUUAUCCUCAAGUAGACACGUACGAGCUAUGACAGCGGGAUCGUUGUCUCUGGACAACUGCCAUCCGUUUGUGCGCGGAAAGCUUAUGUUCAUGCACAACGGUGGAAUCGCCGAUUUCCAUCUGAUAAAGCGGAAACUGCAGAGUCAACUGCCUGACGUCGCCUUUGACACGGUCCAAGGCAAUACAGACUCUGAAUGGACCUUUACACUCUUCCUAUCAAAGCUCCCAGACCCGAACGCCACGACCUUUAGCUCCCAAACAUUGUGAAAGGCGAUGCUUGCUUCCCUGAAUGCCUUUGCAGAAGAGGCUGGGAUCGCUGAGCCGAGUCUUAUCGACUUUUGUGUAACGGAUGGGAGACUGUAAUUGCUACGCGGUAUAUUUCAUCACGGAAGGAUGAAACGGCUCCCCUGUGGUUCCCGUCCGGCACGACGUUCAGUGAAUACGCAGAUGGCGGUCACUAUAAGAUGUCAAAGGCUGACAAGCGAGAGAACAUAAUCAUGGUGCGUCCAUAUCCUUUUAGAUUGCGAGCGAACCACUUACGUUUGAACGUAUCUGCUUCUAGCUGAUUGGAUGGAAAUAAAAACUAAUACCAUGGUCAUCAUCGCGCCCAAGAUGAA